UACAUAGUACAUUUUUAAGUGUAAGUCUCCAGUUUUUUAAAACUCAAGUCUUAGGUCUAUAUUUUUGCUUUAAACAUAUUUUAUUCCAAAGUCAAUGUCAUAACAAGGUUCAGGUUCAAGUUUUCAAAUUGAAUAACACAUUCACAUUGACUCAGUUAAUGUCUCAGAGGAGGGAGCUGCUGAACGUGAUCAUUCACAAUCAUCCAGUCAGUCCACAUCAACUUAAGAGCGUUUUCACACCUACUGUGUAAUUCAUGUGCUCUGGUCUGAAUCAGUUGAUUAGUAUCUAAACAUGGACUUUUUCAAACAAACCAAAAUGCAACAUUACAAAUCACUUGACAAGGUUAGUGGAAGGAGCAUUUGUGCUCUGGACUCAUGCAUAUGCAUAUCAGAGCCUGCUAUAGUUAGCGUAUCCUGCCACGUCCCAAAAAUGCUGCAAGAGUCCCUGGCUGCUGGAACCCUUUAGCUCAAAUUUGUGGAGUGCACCUGGUACUUGUGUUGUUACACAUGCCCAAAGGAAUCACACCAAGGGGGAAAACAAACCAGAGUCUGAUUUAACUGAAUUAAAAGUGCAGGUGUUUAAACUCUGAAGCCACUGCAGUAAUGGCGGGAUAUCAGUUAUUAGAGAUGGGCCAAACUCUCUGCACCGUGUCUCUUGGCAAUGUAAUCAAACAGUUGGGAAAAUCCAGUGUAGAACAGUCCACCUUGUCUUGAACUGAAUCUAGUUCCACCUAAACCAGUUUGCCGAAAUGAUGCCAGUGGCCAGAAAUGGAAACGUUUUGCUUACCACGCCGAGUAAAAGUCCCAAACCAAAACCCCAAAACCGGUCCAUGACUGUCCAAGUCUUCUGUGGUCAAACAUGAUUGAUGAACUUUCCUGUUUGCCUUGGUAAGCGGCAUGACUUUGAGACUUGAGGUGUUAAACACAGAAAAUGUCUCAAAGUUAGAAUCCUGGUAGGUUGACAGAGUUCAAUCACUUGUAUAUUCUGAGCUCAGACCCUCGUAGAUCAGUGAUCCCGGGAAAUGCUUCUGGCGUGAUGAGAUCCAGACAUGUGAUACUGUCGGCUGGCAAUCUUUGCCUGGAUGAUAUUCACAGAUGUACAGUGGCUGAGAUAGAUAUGUGUCUGCAGUCGACGAGUCAACUGCUGGUUUUACAUGAGGAUACAGUGAGUUUGACGGUGCACAGGGAAGUGGGGAGUCAGCAUGACCUCACCAUGGACGAUGAAAGAGCAACUCAUCGGGGCUGAAUGUAGAACAGAGCCCAUUUGUCAACUCCUGGAAAAUAAAUCACCUGCCAUCAUGUCACCACUGAAUGCACGUGUCUUAUCUCCCUGUCUUGUGGAGAGGUUCAGAAUAGACUCUGUAACGCUGAAAAAAAAAGAUUCCGUGCACUUCGUUCUCUGCUGCACACGUCUGCUUGCACACCCCCAGUUUUCCCCUUGCAUGAGAGUACUGCUGUGAAACUAAACUUCUUACAUGACCUAUUGGUGAGGAAAAUACAUGUUUGCCUCAUCUCACCUCAAACUAAAAUUCAGUGCAUUUCUGACCUCAAUCUGUACUGGUCAGUUUUGCAGUAAAUCUUCGCUAUUGCGUCUCUAUGACGUAAUCUGCUCCUUGCUUGCUUGGCACCGGACGACAACAUAUUCUCACAGGCACAUUAAACAGUAAAAAUAAUGAGGGGGAGAAAUUGAAAACAUUUAUUCCGUUACUUCAUAAUAAGGGAAAGGCGUCCAAUCUGAACACCCCUAUAGGUCAUUUGUCAUAUUCACUUUCAGAUACGACCUGUUGGAGAGUCUCCUGACAUCGUGCCCAUAAAGCAACAGGCUAAUCCGACCUCAUCAUCAUGGUUAGGAUAACAAACCAGAACUUGGUUACCAUGGUUAGGAUAAUAAACACACGGUUAAGGGCCUCGCGGGUUGGUGAGAAAGCUGUCAAUCAAACCCGGCUGCAGACCAAACAAUCGAAACUAGAACGCUUGAAAAGGGGUGUGGUUUCAGCUCCAUCAGUGGUCACGCCCCCAGCAAUUCCAAUGUUUACGAUAUUGAAUCCUAAUUUUAUAUAAUCUUCUUCAUUCAGUUUGGCUAGGUGGUCAAUAUUUGGUUUGACAAAUUCUGAACAAAUAUUUAUUGCUGCUUUACACUGACUUUCAUUUUAGGAUUUAUUUGUUUUUUUUAUAAAGAAUCAGGCAGCUUAUAAGACAAGGCAGAAAAAUAAGACUUGCAAAUACACAACACAUCCACAGCAUGUCUUUUUUAGCACAUUGAAGGCUACCUGUGUAAUGGUACCUGUCAGUUAAAAACAGUAAGCUGAACUCCUGGUCUACUUCUAUUGUAUCAAUGCCUGCUUGGCCAUGUUUAGGAGUUUAGUUUUUUACUCCUUGUGGGCUGGUUGCCGCUGCCUAUUGAUAGGCUUCCAAGCUUUUAGGUCAUUUAUCAGUUUUUAAUGAAGUAAAUGUAAAAAAUGUGUUCAAAACAACAUGUUGUGGAUGUUUUGAAUUUCCAUGUUAGCCCGCAGCACCCAGCUAAGCGAGAUGGAAUGAUGGAAUGAUUAUGGGAGAACAGGGCUCAGCUCCCAGUGUGGUACUUUAAAGCUAUAAAGGGCCGAGAGGUUUAGGCCCAGCCCUGUCUCUUUAUGUUUAUGUCUGCAGGAUCCUACACAGUCAGAGGAGUUCCUGAUACAAUCCUGCGAUGGGUGGGGGUUAAUGCAGUCGAUGUGUGGUCAUGUUUGUUACCACCCACCUCAGCAGAUAAGCUCCUCAGUUAAUGCUUAGCAGAGCAGAAUGUCCGGGGUCACAUCCAGCAGUUAUGAAAGAAUGAAUCAGACGCUCUCCAUGACAAACCUGUUGUUUUUAACACUUGCUGAAUGGUUGCUUUCCUCAGAAAUGCUCUCAGCUGACAUGUAUAUUUGUCGCCUUUCAUUACCGUGACUGCAGGAUGCAUGGAUUAUAUUUUCCUUAGGGAAAUGUAAAGGGCAAAAAAUAAUUAAAGAUCGUGCAUAAACCCAGUAUAUGCUUCAACGUGAAGCUUUUAAUGUUUAUUUUUGUCAUCUGGUCAGUCUGGGCCAUUAUAAAUCCACUGAAGGAUUAGGCAGCUAAAAAUAGCCUCUUAUGAUAGGGGACUUAGUGCACAGUCUGAACCGUAAACAAGCAAAUGGCAAUCUCUCGCCGGCCCUGUCUGCCAGCAUUUCAGGGAGUAAUUUGUGGUGUGCAGAGAGGUUGACCUCGGUCAGGAAACUGUGGCAGGAUACAGAAGGGCCAUUUAGCUCUGUUUGGAGCUCAAGAAAGGCUGCUCGCAGGCCGUGUCCACCUUGUGGCAGCUGCAUGGCCGCAGACGAGCUAAAACGCUUAGGAUACUCAAGCGGAGAUGUGCAUCAAUCAUGCCCUCCAGGAACUGUGAACCACUAGAAAAGCCAGUGUCCUCCCGCAGUCCAGCAUGUUGUUCCAACCAGUGCCGUCUCUCAUCUGCAAAUAGCAGCAGCUUGCGUCGUGUUUUUUUCCCCCCAGAGGAUUCAAGAGGCUGAUCUGAGGAGGAGGAGGAGGAGGAGGCAGGCUUCCUCUGUCUGUCAGUGUAAUGUUUGCUCUGCAUUUGGUGAAAGUGGCAGAGGAGGGUGACCUUUGAUACACAGAGCAGGGGCCCCAGGUAUUUCAUCUACCUGUUCAACAGAGGAGCACAAAGCAGUUUAGCGCUCGGUAGAACAACCACAUCCUUUUGAAGCACUAAGAGAGUGUGUCGCAAUCAAAGGUGUUAAAAGAGAGAGCGAGACAAAGCUCCUAAAGGAUCCUGAACAGAGAAGUCUGUAACAGCAAAGAUUGCAGUUGUAUGAAACAUAUCCCACCCCUCCGCCCAAUCGUCUUGGUAGAGAAAAAAAGCAGUUUUUACCUUAUUUGGAGACAGAGUCACCAAGAAUCUCUUACUAGUGAUUUUGUACAUGUAGUCUUUAUGUCCUGUGACCUUUAAGUUUUGUGUAGUUAUGGCAGACGCCUGUUAGUAAUGUGGUGCAGUAAUGCAAAAUUUAGCUGCUAACUUAAUAAGACCUAGCAGUGCUAACCAAACAUAGAGAAACAGUAUAUAGCCGUUAUAGUUGUUUCUGGCACAGAGGGCAUGUGCAAAGUAUGCUGUGAUGUCAUCGUAUAUAUCUAUAUAUAUAUAUAUAUAUAGUAUCAUAAUUAUCUGUAGGUUUGUCAUUACAGGCGACGCUUUAACAUUACACAGCCAUUUGAUGCAUUGUUAAUAUGAAAAACAUUGAUUAGUGCAGCUUUAAAGGCUAAACGGAAAACACCUCUCUGACGGUGACUGAUGGGAAAUUGGUUCCCAAUCUGAACCAUUUACACAUGAAAAAAAACCAUUUGUAUAUGAGUAAGAUUUAUUCCCCUUUGAUUGACUGGUGAAUAAAAUGGAGCGGAAACAUUUCCCUCAUGUUCGCGCUGAAAGAGAAACAUUCAUGAAAGGACUGAGAGCAGGUGAGCGCUGAAUGGCUCUGCUUAUUUAUCUUCACGAGGAGACAGAUAGAUGGAGAUAUGAACACUCAUCCGUCUGCCUUGCUGCUCUCAGCCAUGAUGACACUAACAAAUGGCAGCACACGGGCUUGUCUGCUCUCCCAAGCUGCAGAGUCAUUGAAAACAUCAGAGUGCAGUGAAUGAAGAAUGACAGAUUUUAAAUUUAAACCAGAGUUUCUCCUAAAGUCACUGUCCCGAAACAUCUCUUGAUUUUACAUUCUUUUUAAGUCCCAUCAGAGGAGGAUCAGUGUGUGAAAACAAACAGCCGGGCUCUGACUUGCUGUGUGUUGCCUAUAGAUAUUGUGCUUUCAGCUGAUUAUUGGAUUACUCAUUUCCAGCCAUGAUGGAAAAAUCAAUCCCACGUCGCUUGGACAAAUGUCAUCCAGUAUAUACCACCGUGUGUGCACUCUGCUGUGUCGUGCUGUGGUCUGGGUGUACAGUAUAGAGUGUGAGCUCAGGGUUUCUUCCACAGUGACUCGUACACCAUUUGCUCUCGCUGCUCCUUCUCCUUGAACUUGGUACAGUUGCAUGUUUUAAUUUAAAAAAAUCAAUACUCCCAGAGAUAAAUAUUGAUCCCUCAAGAGCCAAGACUGUAAGUGAGUCAUUUGACCAGUGGCCUGCACUUUUACAGCCAGAUAUACACUGUGGAACUAUGGCAAUGUUUGGAAGAAGAGCGAGAGGUGGCUUUUUGUGAGCGUCUAAAUGUCUGUAUUGUUGAUUUUUUUUUAGUACUUUCUAAACCUGGACUCCUGAGGAUUUCUGCGCAAUUGGGUCUGGACUUUCUUUGGGGUUUCCCUUUAACACAUUAACAGCGCAGCAGGAGAUUCCCUCCUUAGACGUGUUUACAACAACAAAGAAAUCACCGGAGCAUUCAGGUGAGGGGGUGGCACACCAUGCAGAGGCAGGACGUAAUGUCAAAUUCCGCUGGGCAGAUCACUUUUAUUUGUUCACAGCACAUUAACACUAGUGUUUGCCCGUAUUUACAAAAGCUCUCCUGACGUCUCCUAAUUGUAUGGUUCUGCAUUUUCAUCCUGAGAUAUUUGUUUUCUGUUUGUUUUUUAAAUUUUUGCAUCUGUUGCACGUUAGAAAAUGUCUUCAACUCGCCCAAUCGCUCGUUGUGAAUCCUGCGGAGUGCAUGUCUGAAGGCAGCUUAAGUCUAACUAAGAAACAAGUAAGGGACACUUCAGGAACUGAAUGAUACUCACCAGUGAAACUUAUAUAAUUAUAUAAUUCUGAAAACUUUCUUUGUAUUUUCAGGUGUUUCUUUUAGAAUUUCACUCUCAGGAAUGUGGUUUCACCAAUUUAAAAAGAGUCAUUGACUGAGUAUGAAAGAGGUUUUCUUUCUCAUUCAACAAAAUUUUAGUAGAUUCACAUAUAUAAGCAGCACAUACCAGCUGUGUCCGAAAUCACUUACUCAUCACUACGUAGUCCACUAUAUGGUGAUUUUGCCAUUUUGUAGUGCUACCAUCCUGCAUUGCACUCACAGCGUUGACAGGAUGAAAAAGGGUGGAGAGACGAGACUAGAGAGGGCAGCGCUUCUCUCUCUCUCUGUGCUGAUUCUACUUCUUCUUAUUCUGAUGAAAAUGAUCUGAAUUAUUGUGAAGAUAAAGACAUGCAUGUUUAUAUUUGCCAGCAUUUUUACAGACACAAUUUUAAAACAGUCUGUUUUAGUAUAUCUCUUAUAUUUUCAAUGGCGAUUUUUUUUCAUAACCAGCAUGAGACAAGUCUGAGUUGUGGCAGUCAUCACACCACAAACUGCAGCAAAUAAGUUUAUGUCUACAUUUAAACAUGGGGAUUCAACAAGCAUUUUGAGGUUAAAGUAUAAGUACUAUAUUUAAAAUAUUUCAAAUUUAUUAUGGGACUUUCCACCAGCUGACGUUGUUGUACGUCAUAAUCCUGCAAUGAUGAUGUAAUUACCAGCUCAAAGAAAAUGACCCGCGUAGUGUCUGAAAGUGUUUUUUUCUUUUGCCGAUGAGAUCACUGUAUAGUCCUCUACAUAGAAGUCCCUAUUCAGUGAGUAGGGGGUAGUGAACGAGUGGGGGAUUUUGGACACAGACACUUUUUUAAUAACAGUAUUUUAAAGUCUGUUCUCUUAGAAAUAUUCAUUUCACGGUAAAUAUUUAAACUGUUAUGCACCAUAUUGUAACGUUUUUAGAUUUUUCUGUUUGUGCAUAUUAUCAGUCUGUCCUUCUCCUAUCUAUCACCAUGUGACAGUGCACAGCAAACAUGAAUAGUCCGAUUGCAACACUGUGUUUAACAGAUUAGUCUAAUGGCUGCAUGACACAGCUGGCCCACCCAUGUCAAGAUAAAUCACUGCAGGAUGGAUCCAAAUGCAAUAAUUACACAGGGAGGACUUCAUGACUGAGAGCCCUGCUUUACUUUUUACUGCCAGCCUGUGACAGGGGGAAACAAGUAGAGUUGAUGGAAAAAGUUGAGUCACAAGUUGUGCAUUUAAAAACAGAAAAUGCUCUGUCAUCACAAGGUGGACAGGGUGUUCAAGGGGAUUGAAGGCGUCCAUCUUGAAUGUGCUGUAUUCCAAUGUAUUUAUGGUUCCAAUAUAUAUUGUAUUGCUUCAUAAUUAGGAGCAAGUGAUGAAAACCAAACGCCCCAAACAAUUCACACUCUGCUUACGGGUGAUGCACUUCCUCCUCCCUGUGAAUAUUUCCACUGUGACUUGUGAUGCUUGGGCGUGCAAAUGAGUCCAAUCAAUAAGCAAUAUACUUUCUCUUCUCAGUCUGACUCAUCUCAGGCGGCUGCCCAAAAGCCACUAAACCACACUCUGUGUCACAUCUGCGCACACUUGAAACCAUAACCUUUCAUUCUGUGCCCUCGCACUCGAUUGCAGGCAGGCGGCGUUUGCGCUGACGUACUCUGACAGCGCUGACUGACCUAUGACACAUUCAUUGCACUCACGCUUUACAGUAGAUGAUGUCAUAUACCCUGUAGGUAUAUUGUAAAUUGUUAUUGAUAAUACGUGUUGUAAGAAACAGAAUUGGCUGGAUUAUAUUAAUUUGAAUGAAUGAAGCCACUCAUGUUUACAGGGUGGAUGGAGAGUGAACAAGAUGCACAACUCUCACAGCAGAGGCCGGUCUGCAUCCCGAGACCUGGCUGUGCUUUGGUUCAGUUCAAUUUAGGGAAAGAUCAUGGUUGUGUUUAAUUUGUGUGUGAAGUUACUGGGCUCAACUUGACCUUAUUGCUAUGAGGGUCUAAAAAGAACGAUUAAAAAGUGUCAUAGUUGUCAGUGGAUAUUUUACUGCAAGAUUAGGUGUUAUGGUGGAAAACAAAUUUGUUGUCUGUGAAUGUUUUUACGGAUACAUAUCAGUGUAUCAGUGCAGCUUACCAUAGAGGCCUAUUUAAAUCAAAAUUUGGAUGGAGUUUGCUCUGUGAGUUUAGAGUUAAGGCCGGGAGAAACCUGCCUCACACUGACGUGGCUGUUCCCUGGCCGGGUAAUGUGAGUGAGCUCCUAACUCAGCCUCAAGUGUUGGAACAUGUGAAUGUGUUGCCGCCACCCCCCUCGUGCCCCUCACACUGGCAUCGCCGCGGAUGCCGUAAACUGACAGCAGCGGCUGUUCAGCAGAUCCCCUGCAACGCCUGAAUGACGUUUAGGUUUUUAUGUGACCCGGUCUGACUACCUUAGAAGCCAGGGAGGUUAAAGUCAGCAACGUACAGUAGCCACACUCAUCAGAGCUUGUUUACACUCGCAAUCAAAGUCACAUGGAGUCAUAAAAACAUCAUAAAAACUGAUUUAUUUGCCGUUUCCAUGCACGGGAGGGGUUGAGCUCUCUGAAAAUUAAUGUUGAAGUGUCAUUUUAAGUAUUUCUUCUGUAAUAAAGAUCAGCCUGUGUGAGCCUCCAUUCUGAGCCUGAAAUUCUAGCACAUAAAAUAUUGACAUAAAAUACGACAAGUAAAAAAAAACGAGUCACGCUGGAUCAGGACACACAGGAGACCACUGUUCCAGGCAUUGUUGUUUCAUUUAUUAAUCACCAUUAAUCCACAACCUUAAACAUGGGUUUAUCCUUGUAGCCAUGAAGAUGAAGGUCCUCGAACCUUAAGGAAUUUUAACCAAAUCCACAAAGCACAAAAAACUACAUGGUUAGAAAUAGUCGAAACCUAACCAAGGAUUUUUUUUGUGCUUUAUCCUUGACUUACUUCAUUACCAUUUCAUUUUUAUUUAUUGUUACCAUGACAGCAUGUUGAUGGAUAACUGCACUUUUGGAAACCUGAUCGUGUCGUCUGCGUUGCUGUGACACUGUUUUUAUGCUGCUUGACACUGAGUGGUCACAUUAUCCUCAAAUUAGAUUUCUUUAGUCAGAGGUAAAUAUGCUGAUGUUGUCAGGCGUCUCGUAUGAAUGACAGCCGUAUGCAACCUUGUGAAGGAAGAGAACAAGAGCUGCAGGGCGCCGUGCUAAACAAGCUUGUUUGUGAAUGGUUGAAAGACAGUUUGGAGGGAAUCCGCUCGCGUGGCCUUCCAGUCUUGCGCGUGGUCUUUCACGGCAGAACAAGACGUUCCGGCGGCACAUACACACGAAAGAAUUUGAUGAUUAAAGAAGCGUCAGCGUGGUGUCAAGCUCCGACCCUGAGUAUUGCGGCACGCAGGGAUGUCUCUUUGUGCUUGUCAACUGUGUGUUACAAUCAGUCGCGUUCGUAGAUGUUGUCUUUUAUCGUUUUAUCACAGCCUGGUUUUGCGGCCUUUUGAUCUUAGCAGGAUAUUUAUACCAGUGCUCCAGUUUUGCACAUUGACGCAUGUUUCUACAACAAUGUAAAGCACAUUCGUAAAACCUGAGAUGUUGCACACAAGAGAAACGUGUGUGAAAAAAAAUGCUUUUCUUUGCCAUAUCAACAGGCUUGUACCCUCCAGCCCACUCACUCAUACACACAUGAUCACACACACAUGCUCCCUUGGCUUUGCACACACACCCACACACAUGCAUGCGUACAGACGUGGCUUUUGAAGGUUUUGACGUGGGCGAUGCCUCUGUGUCAACUCUUUCCUGUGGAGAGACUUUCCACUUGAUUUUUUUUUUUCCAUGAGAGCUCUGAGUGAGCUUUUUGUCGAAAUGACGGUUCCAUUUUUUUUUCAUGCAUGUGCCGAGUCUAUUGUUUCAGAUGAAGGCUUCCACCUCAAACCUACCGACCCCCCCCCUUCUCAACUCUUCACUCCAUUAAUAAUUCAGCACAUAAUCCAGGCUUGGUCACACUCAUGCUAGCAGCCCCUUGGCCUGCCCAUCACUGGCCUAAUUAGUGCAAGAUCUGCUCCUUUUCAGGCGGUUGCUGGAGAACACUCCACUUAUCCUAAUCCAGUCCCUCAGAGGGCGCCUUCCCUCUUGGCAGUGGUGGUUUUGGGGGUGUUUUGUUUCCCCCUUUUGGCCUUAGGGGGGCUGGCAAACACCAAAACUUGUUUCCUUGUUAAUUCAGCCAAUCGCACAGAAAGAGGUUUAGACAAACAGAUUAUUGUGUGUGCAGGUGUGAAUGUCAAGCACCAGUUAAGAAAUGCAAUAUGUAUCCGCUAACCUUUCUGGAGUCGAGAGUCUUUGCUUUGGCGCAUGUUGUGCAGUAAUGUGGUAUUUACAUUAAAGGCUGUGUCCAAUGAAAACCGAAUGGGGUCUGAGUCACGUUGAGUCACACCAGAAUGUUGGGCAGACUGUUCAAAUACUGAACGUCUAAUUCACAGACAUCAAAGAUAUUUCUUCUCCGACGACUAAAAGAAGAGGAGUUAGUUGUCAUAUCAUGUGAGGACCAAGACGACGCUGACACAGAGCAACUCUGCUUCAGACAUUUGAAACAUCGAGCCCAGUCUAUAGAUAACCCCAGUGUUUCUAUCACAUGUGCAGUGUGUUACCAUAUAAGACAGCAAUAUGACUCACCCCGCUCACUGACCUACUAUGUGGGAAGUCAUGAUUCAUGCAAGCUGCAUUUAAGCAGGCAGGGUCCAGAAAUACUCUGGUAUGCCAUCGCACAUGCAAAACUACCACACACACACACACACACAUACACACACAUACCUCAGUUGCUCAGUCAUACUCACCACCCACAGACACUGAUAGGCUAGAUCCCGACAGUAACCAACAGUGAGAGACAUUAGAAAGUUAUCAGAGCAGACUGGAAUAACAAGAUGACUGGAUCUGUGCUUAGGCCUUUCUGAGGGCGUGAGCGGAAUGUCCGUGGAUGUGAAGCCUGAAGCCCCCAUGUAUGUGUAUGAGUCGACGGUUCAUUGUACCAAUAUCCUCCUCUGCCUCAACGACCAGCGGAAGCAGGAUAUCCUGUGCGAUGUGACUGUCCUGGUGGAGGGCAAGGAGUUCCGCGGGCACCGGUCCGUGCUGGCCGCCUGCAGCGAGUAUUUCCUCCAGGCGCUGGUGGGCCAGGCGGAGAAUGGCUUGGUCGUUAGCCUUCCUGAAGAGGUCACUGCCAGGGGAUUUGCCCCAUUGUUGCAGUUUGCCUACACUGCUAAGCUGUUACUCAGCAGAGAAAACAUCCAGGAGGUCAUCCGCUGUGCCGAAUUCCUGCGCAUGCACAACCUCGAGGACUCAUGCUUUCGCUUCCUGGAAGCUCAACUGCGCAGUGAGGAUGAUGGCCUGCUGCCCUACCACAAGGUGGCUGCGGUGGCUAACAACUCAGAGGAUGAGAGCAUGCAGCCAGAGAUGGAAAGGCCCACCUCCCCUAGGGUGCAGCAGUGUGCUGAUGCCCUUACCUCCUUUCGAUGCCCUGACAAUGAUCGGCUAGCAAUUGCUAUUCCCAGUAACUUCACGGAUGGCCGGCUGGACUUUGAUAGACAUGGAGUGUCAGACCUGCCACGAUGCCCCAAGUACAGGAAAUACCAGUGGGCUUGCAACAAGCACAAUAAUGACAACUCCUCACACACCAGUACCUCAGGUUUUCCAAGCACAUUAAAGGAGAGCAGCAUUGGUGGGGCAGUGGCAGGUCAGGGGAAGCUGCCUUUGGCACAGAUCAAAGUUGAGCCACAGGUGGAGGAAGAAGCCAUCUCAUUGUGCCUGUCAGGGGAUGAGCAGGAUGUCAGGGAUAAGGACGUUGUGACAGCUAUGGAGAUGGAUAACCCAAUAUCUAUUGAAAGAACCAAGAGAACCAAGUCUCCUUCCUGCCUCCGAGCCCUCUUCAAGAAAGGGAUUGACCUCCCCAGCCUGCCCAACACAUCACAGCAGCUAUUCGCCAACAGACUUGUUUGCCCCCAGGACAAAGGAAACUCUCAGGGAGAUCAUAAAAAAGACUUCGGGCCUUUCACUGGGGAGCUGGGUCUGACUCUUACAUCCCCAAAGGACAUGGACGGUUUCCCAGCAGGGUUGUCUCUCAAAUCUGCUUCCUGUGAUGGGGUCUGCAAACAGGAAGUUGAGCUAGACCGUCGUAGUGUCAUAUUUUCCUCAGGGGCCUGCAAACGUCUGGGAACCCCAGCGCAUUCCUACCCAGGAGGGAACUCUUUGGAGAUGGAGCUCUCUGAGCACAUGCCAAAGGGCCUUUGGGCUGGAUCCAGCCAGUCUCUCCCCACCUCCCAGACCUAUUCUCCCAGCACCACCUCCACUGAACCUCCACUUCAAUGCCGCCCACGGCCCAACACCAGCUGCCCAGUGCCAAUCAAAGUAUGCCCGCGCUCGCCAACUUGUGAGACACACACCAGGACUUCCAGCUCCUGCUCCUCAUACUCCUAUGCGGAGGACGGCAGUGGAGGCUCUCCCUGUAGCCUGCCACAAUUUGAGUUCUCCUCCUCACCAUGCUCCAAUGUGGCACGCUGCCUCAAUGUGGACCAGCAAGAGCAAAGUGUGGGAGGGGAUACCCUUUUUAACCAAGGGCAGCCCAAGAUCAAAUGUGAGCAGUCGUACGGCACCAACUCUAGCGACGAGUCAGGGUCCUUCUCAGAGGGAGACAGCGAGUCCUGCAACGUACAGGAUCGGGGUCCAGAGGUGAAGCUCCCUUUCCCCGUAGAUCAAAUCACAAAUCUUCCAAGGAAUGACUUCCAAAUGUUGGUGAAAAUGCACAAACUGACCUCGGAGCAGCUGGAGUUCAUCCAUGACGUGAGGCGGCGGAGUAAGAACCGCAUCGCCGCACAGCGCUGCCGCAAGAGGAAGCUGGACUGCAUCAUGAACCUGGAGUGUGAGAUCAGGAAGCUGGUGUGUGAGAAGGAGAAGUUGCUGACAGAGAGGAACCAGCUGAAGGCCUGUAUGGGGGAGCUGUGGGAGAACUUCUCCUGCCUGUCCCAGGAAGUGUGCCGGGACGUCCAGCUGAGCCCCGAGCAGGUCCAGUCUCUAAACCACUACUGCCCCGUGCUGCGGCCCGCCAACUCCACUGCCGGCAACAAUGCUGGGCAUGAGCCCGAGCCCCCCUGUAGCCCCGCCCCCGGCACCAACGCCAGCCCCCUCACCACCAGCAUCGACCUCACCACCCACUCAGGCUCGGCCACGCCGGAACCGAGCUUCCACGGGUCCCCCGGCCCCUUGGAGAGUGAGCCUGACGUGGCCGUCAGGAACGGGGCUGUGAAAGAUAUGGACGGCCAAGACGCCAGCUUGUACACAAAGUCAGGGCUGUCCACUGGAAAAACCAAACAGACGGUAACAGUUGAUUUUUGCCAGGAAAUGACUGACAAAUGUACAACUGACGAGCAGCCAAGGAAGGAUAUUACUCAGUAGUGGUGGUUCUCUGUGUUGUUGUUUUUUUUUAUUAUUAUUUAAUUUUAAUCUUCAGACAAACCCUCUGUCAGGGUUGUUGAGAUGUCGGCCUCUCCCAGUGUUCACUGAAAAACAAGCUUUUUAUGUAUUUAUGUCUUUUUGUGCUGUUUUAUUUUUUUUUUGUUUGUUUUGAACGGUUGACACUAAAGUUGUCUUAACAGCAGCAAUACUGUUCUCCAGGUAUUUUCCUCUUAUCAUGACAGAGUGGGAACUUCUCACCAAACCCUUACAAUGGUGCUACAUUCGGCCCAGCAGCAACCUCUACAGUGGAGACUCUGCUCUUCGUGUGUCGCUCGUCACAGUUCAACCUCAUCGGACCUAAACAGCAGCUCUCUGCGUCGCUCUGUGUACCAACAGCAUCUCUGCUUCUGCCUUUCUCUUUCUCGCCUCCUCCUCUCUCUUUCUUUCCCACUCUGUUUUUUAACAAUCUUCUCUACCUCUCUCUGUCUCACCCUCUCUCACCCUCUCUCUGCGGUCUCUUCUCUCACUAUAUGUUAGUGGCUCUUUUCGUCACAGCAAUUCAAACUCAGGAAUAAGAAGAAGAAAAAAAAAUCCUCUGAAUGUUCAACCGAAUUCAUGAAAAAUGAGAAUACAGUUUCUGUACACGAGGAAGUUAACGAUGCAGUUAGACUGUAAAAUGUUCAUAUGCAAAAAAGAAAGAAGAAAAAAAAAACGUCUUCAAGCGUCUCACAUUUGUAUUUCUGUACAGGAGAACUUUGUACAGGCUGCAACCGAAAACAUUCCUCCUUUGCCUUCCUCAGCACUGAAUUGAAAGGAAAAAAAAUGUUUUUUGCAGGUGGUUAAAUGACUAUUUUUUAUUUCCCACUCAUCAGCAAUACCAUUGUAUUUGGGUGUUGUAACAGUGACUGACUUUUCAAGUGCUUGUUUGGCAGAAUUGUAUAUAGUCUGGAGCAUGAUGACUGUAACAGUGAUUUUGUACAGGUAGAGGCUUAGAUGUUUCUUUUUCACCGGGGUUAUAUCAAGCACCUUUUUGCUAAGGGAAAAUCUUUGCUUUGCUGUUUCCUGUCCUGCCUAAUGAAUAUUCCCCGUCAUGGUGGGUGUUCUUAUACUCAGGAAAUCAGCUCGAUACACAUGUAGACACUCACACACACAACAGCACAUACAGACACAUGCGUCAACACACAUGUAAAAUUGUUAAGCCCCAUGCAUGUAUAAAAGUUAGACAUUCAAGAUGUUCUCUGUAAUGCGCGGCUCAGGCCUGCUCCUCUCCACCUUUGACUCCUCUUUAAAUGUGAAAUUGACUUGUGUUUUUUGGGGUAAAUCUUAUUUCUUAUCAGUAUUUAAAGAUGCUAUUCAUGUACACCCGCGCAGACAUGUUUUGGGUUUCUUCAGUGUUGCCGUUUAAUGCCGUUUGACAGCGAAAGUGCAGCCAACAUCGAUGUGUCAGAUACUUUCCUUUUUUUCAAAUUGAUCCUGAAUAAUGUAAAAACCUCUUGACAAAAAGAUUUUAAGAAAUCAGUAAAUUGGACUUUAUUCAGACACUUUGUUUUCCGGCCACGGAGCCAUUUAGCACUUCAAUGAGGCACUUUGUCUUUGUUUCAGAAAAAGGUCUGAGACUGGAGCACUUAAAUUGUCACUUCAAGAGGGAAAAUCAUGUUGAUAUGAUUAUAUGAAUAUACAGUAAAGAAAAUCCCAAUGAAGGAGACAUAUCUGAAACCUAAAUACAAGAGGAAUCUAAUGUUUUAGAAUAAGAGUGUUCACACCUUGUAUUUGUAUGUCUUUAGGACUUGAAUAAGCUAAUUCAGAAUUCAUUGGACGUGAAAGCAGUGUAAGUGUCGUCAGAACGAUUAAGCAACAAUCAUAUAAGAUAGAAACAUGUUUGCCCUGAUAGUGCAUUUGUUUGAACAUCUACUUUGUGAUGUGCGUGCAUGCUGCCUAUAGCUGUUUGGCCUAGUUAGUUUGUCCAGCUUCUGUUUUUCCUCGCAAGUUCUCUGCGGAGCAGCCUGCUUUUAAAAUGAUUCUUUUUAAAUCUAUAUAUAAAUAUAUAUAUUUCUAUGUAUAAACAAGCUGAAUUAUCACAACUCUCACUGGAGGCUGGCUUUUACGUACACGCAGAGCCACGCUCUAGUGCAAAGGUGGAGUUCAAUUGGAAUGUGAAACUUUGUUCGUUGCUCUUUAAAGCCCCAAUCCAAAAUGGCACUCCUGUUAGACUAUUAGAGCUCAUGCGAGAUUAAUAGAGAGCAUAAACUAAUGUCAUGUCUGCCACUGUUCCACUGGCUUCUCUUACCCUUCGCUCACAUGUUACUAUUGAUCGGUAUCUACUACAGCACUCUGUAUUACAUAUUCAAACGUGAAGUAGUUUAACAACAUUAGUUUGAAGCAACAAUUAUAUUAUACAUAACAUAUUAUAAUUUGUAAGUAUACAAACACGUUAAACAGAUUACUACACCUGCAAUUAGACAAACAAAAAUAUUAUAUAUGUAUACACACUGUAAUAUGUGGAAUUAUACAACCAAAUAAAUCAUACAACCAAAUAAAUGUUAGCAAUACAGAUAAAACCAUUCAGUGCAGCUACGGAGCGCUGACUCUGCUUCAGUUGAAGAAAUGAGAAAAGCUCAUUCAAAAUCACACCGACAUUUUGUCUUUUACUCAAAAUGCUGAUCACAUAACAAAGCUAAAUAAUGUGCUGUGUGAAUCAUGCACAGUCAUUGCUGAAUAUUUAAAUUUACUUAUCACACAAGGUCCUAAUUCUAAUACAAAGUACUGUAGUAGAUACUAAUGACCUGAGAAUAUGAACAUAUUCUAUAGCAGGUAAGAUAAGGGUACAACUAAGCUAAGCAAGCCACACCCCCUUACAUGUACCAACUCCCUCAGCCAGUUUUGUGAUUUUACUUUGGUACAUGAGUUGUGCUGCUGGAAGUGUUUCGUAACUCUUUAAAUGUAAUUCCCUGAAAAAUGUUGUUGCCAAAUAGAUUUCGGACUCGGGCUUUAAAGUUUGAACAAAAUAUUUUGGAAGUUUUACCCCUGAUUUUUACUGAUGUAAAUUUUUUGACUUUAAAAUAGUAGUUUAGAAAAUGAUCUGACAUGACUCUAAGUGUAUUUUAUGAACCUGUCUUUAAAUUGUUAUAAGACCGGUCUCUAUUUUGUAGAGUACAUUGACCCGCAAGCGCACAAACACAUGCACACAUGCAGUACACACACAUAUAUACACAUGAUACACACACAGUACAUACGUGGUGGCACAGCCUGGGUGCAGAGCAGUAGUGAUUAUUCGUCGACUGGUGUGGUUUCUCUUGUCCUCAGCCCCCUUUUUUUACUGUUUAUGCUUUUUUCAUUCUUGUACUUGUAACUGAAGCAGAACAGUAUUUACCCAUGUGGAGGUUAAAGCCAGAAAAUCGUUACAGAAGCUUCUUCUCUGCAAACAUUUUCUUUUUGUGUGCUUUUUCAUUUGCUCGAUGUUAAAAUGAAGAACCCUGGUGUUGCAUUGGGGAGCACAGACUCUUUCACCUUGUGUUUUUCUGUCUGGAGAAAGUUCACUCAUGAAGUUUGUCUUGUAACCAUUGUAACAAAGGAGCCUUUAGAUGUGCUUGAUAUGCUACGAUGAAGAACUUCUGUUACCCUCACAGACCUUCUCUGUGUUGCUAAUUCAACUUAACAAACCCUAGAGGAUGAAGCGGACAAACAAACACCUCUGAAUCACACUCUCCCGGCAGAAAAGCCGAGCUGAGCUCUUUGAGUCUUGCUGCAUGCUCCAACACUGACUGGUUGGUAAAGUUACAGUAUAAUCCUCCAUCCAUCCUCGGCUUCAGUGGUGGAAAAACAUUCUGGUUUACACCCUGGAGACUGAGGGAGUCUGUCUCUUGAGAUUUCUUCUUCCAUUCUACUAAUGAAACAAUAGAGGGAUUUUGUUUAUGGUGCUCAUAUCAUUGGAAAACUACAUUGAGAAAAAAAACCUCCUUGCCCCGCCCCUCCGGAUAAAUGUGCAGCUCUAUAGUUCCAAUGAAAAUGUAAACAAAACCAAUCUUUUUAGUCGCCUCCAUUGUUUUGUGUUGUCGGCAGAAAUCUCAAACGACCUCAGAGCUUUGGCAAAUGAAAACAAGACAAAGUACAUUAAGUGACAAAAUAUGUUUUUGUCUUUUGGGUGAAACAACUACUAAAGUUGCUCAGGGAGCCAAGCAUUUAAAUCUGCUCUGUCACUCAAAGUCAACUUUUUUGACUUUGAGCUUUUUUCAAGUAAAACGUAAUCCAUUAGAAAUGAUCGCUAAUGUUGAUAUCAUUUAAAGCUGCAUUCAUUGAUUUGUUCGGCCACUUGGGGGCAGCAGAACAAGUAAACAGGCAUAUUAUCUAUCACCGGGGUUGAUUUGGCUCAUUUACACAUUCAGCAGAAACGUUAAGUGUUUGUGUACAUUUGAUGCAUGUUAUGUCCACUCUCCUUUUAGCUUUGAUUUGGUCUCCUCCAGCUCCUUAGAGGAAGGACGUGGCUCUUAAGUUCUAUGGUGCUGCUAUGUCCAUCAGCUAGUAGCUAACUUUCUCACAUUUCAUUGAUUAGAAAUAUUGAUAAGUGCAACUUUACAAUGAAGUUACAGAAAUAACUCCAAGUUUAGGAAAAACACUUAAAAUGAAUGAAUGAAUUUGAGAAUUGGGGAAUCCUUCAGGUUACUUUGUGCAGGCCAGACCCUUUUUGUUCAUAGCUAUUACAACGGAUUGAUUUAAGUGAACAAUUUCGCUGUUGCUGUAACUCUGUAAUUGAAUGCUCUCACCAUUUUUUGCUGUGUAUUUGUCUUUUAUAGUUAAACUUUUUUUUUUUGUUGCUGCUUCUCUGAAACAAACACUGGCUUUUCAACUCCAAAGGUUGUUCUACAAAAGAAUAUGAACAAAAUCAUGCCUUUCUCACAGACUGCUCAACUUUACUGAGAAGAAGAAGAAAAAAUCUGGUACCCUGGUUGAAUGCGCAGGCUGAGCUCAUUGAAGAUAAAACAUGGAAAUGGAAUAUGUUUACAAAUAGGUGUCAUGUCAUGUAUGAUCAAUUCUUGCCAUGUAAAAAUCACUUGGUUCAAUUAGACUGGUUCUUGGUGUUGUGUAAAGAGACAAAGAUUGAAAUUCCUCACCUUGUCUUUAAUCCAACUUUUGGGAUGGGUUAGCAUUACAUGAAUACAAGUGCACCUCCGAUAUUUGCCUUAGAACGUGCAGAGGCCAUAGUUCACAUUCAAGUGAAGUGAGUGUAUGCAGGGGCCUGGGCCCCCCAUCCCUGAGUCACCAGUGCGGACUUUCUCACACUUAUCUACCUGUGAAAUCCUUCAUACCUCUCAUAACUGGUCAAUGACUGUAUCAGCAAACUGCAUCAGGUGUUUUUUCUACAUGCUUUUUACACAGAUUAUAUGGAUUAUUGUAUUAGUCAAUUUUGGUGCAUCAUUUUUAAUGUAAUAGCUCUUAAGCUUGUAGUUCAAGUUGUUGUUUUUUCUUUCAUUUUUCUAGAUGACUGUUUUGUGUUAAUAUUGUCAAUUCGAAAUAGCUGUUAUUUGCUUAUUCUCUACUAAGAGUUCUUACCUUUAUAAUUUUUAAAUGCUACAUGACCCUAAUUAAUUAAAAUGACUUAAUAACCAUUGUAAAUACUGUAUUGUGCAAACCCAGUUUUCAUUAAUUUCAAUUGCUAGUGUUAUCUAAACGACUUUUUUGUCUAGACACCAUUUCUCUUUAUGAAAUAAAGAAACAUGCAUAUCA